UACUAAAUUAUUCAUAGCGCAUCGGGUCCUGCCCCCCGUACCGCGCCGCGGUCAAAACGUGGUUGGCAUUUUGACGGGGAGUAUUAUAUGAACAAUGGCGGCCCCCGGCCUCUCUGUAUGGCAUCGCAAUUGACAAAAAUUGCACCACGAUGCGCGUUCUUGGUUUUCUGGCACCUGUUGUGGCCGCCCUGGUCGCGUGUGUUCUCGCACAGACUGAUCCGCUGGGAGUCCUUGCUCAGAUCCCUACAUGCACUCAAGAAUGCGGCGUCAAAGUGCUAGUACCAGCGAAUUGUCCAUUUACGGACCUGGCGAACUGUCUCUGCACGAAUACCACUUUACAGUCGACAUUUGCUCUCUGCGUAGCUGGAUCAUGCGGUCUCGCCGACCAAGCCAAAUCUUCAACCCUCAUGCAGACGCAGAUUUGCAAUGGUACCCCGAAAGAAUCACGAAGCGCCGAGGUUAUACGAGAUGUGAUCAUCAUCUCCGCCUUCACCUUCGUGAUAAUCGGACUGCGGUUCUACUCGCGGGCUCUCGUAGCGAGCCAGUUGUGGUGGGAUGACUGGACCAUCGCAUUCGCAGGCAUCAUAAUGAUUCCCAUGACAAUCAUCCCGAUAUUCAACGCCACCCGCGGCUUCGGCGAGCACUUCUGGGACGUCCCUCCCCAAAACCUCGAGCUCCUCGAAAAGCUCUACUACAUCUCCCAAAUCCUCUACUCCUUCGUCCAAGUCCUCGCCAAAUUCUCCAUCCUCUUCCUCUUCCUGCGCGUCUUGCCGACCCAAAAAUUCCGCCUCGUCGUCAAAAUCUCCAUCGCCUGGAUGAUCUGCCACACCCUCGCCUUCGGGCUCGCCGUCACCCUGCAAUGCGUGCCCGUGGAGUCGGUGUGGGAUCACUCGAUAAAGGGGAAGUGCACGAACUCGCAGGCGUUUGUGUAUGCGGCGGCGGGGUUUAGUAUUUUUGAGGACUUUGUGAUUAUGUUGUUGCCGAUUUGGGAGUUGAAGGGUUUGCGUCUAAGUACGAAGAAGAAGUUUGCGUUGAUGUUUUUGUUUGCGUUGGGGUCUUUCGCCUGCAUCACCAGCAUGAUCCGCCUCAAAUACCUCGUCGCCUACGGAACCUCCAUCGACGUAACAUAUGGCGCCGUCGAUGUUGUUCUGUGGAGUGUGCUUGAAGAUUAUGUCGCCGUAACCUGCGCCUCCCUAAUGUGUCUCCGCCCCCUCAUCGUGCGCUGCUUCCCCUCCCUCUUCCUCACCAGCAACGCUGAGAGCAAGAACACCCAGAGCGACUGGGGACAAGCGCGGAACUCAAAGCUGGCGAGUAAGCUGGGCGUGGCGAGUAAUAAGGGGUAUGAGCUUAAUAGCGACGAUGGGGAUGCGAAGGGGGUAGGGGGGAUUAGGGUGCAGAAGGCGUGGGCGACGAAGACGAGUCAUGUGGGGGACGCGGAGGACGAGUCAGAAGGGAGUUAUAGGAUCGAGAGGCCGAGGGGGAGUGAGAAGGCGUGGGAUGUGAGGAGGAGUUGAGGGGGGAGGGACUCACGGUGUUUCAUGUUUAUAGAUUUUCCCCAUGUUUGAACGCCAUUCUUACUUCAUGUUCACAUAUAUACC